UACUCUCGAUACAAACCUAACAUAACUCUGCAGAAAUCAAUGGCAUGAGUUCGCAUAUAACUUAACACCGUCACACAUAGAUGGACUUGAUUUCAUAUUCCUUGCUUGGAGCUGAGUGAACAUGUUUGUUCUCUGUUAAAGGCCCACCUAGAUCCGUCUUGGAUACUUUCUUGGUCAAUAUCUGCCGCAACUUUGCUCCUUGACGCUGCUAAUGACAACAACUAUGGCUACCAUGGCUUCAACACCAGCCAAGACGAGUGGGGCGGGCUCCGAGUCUCAUCAAAGCAGUGCAAAGCUGCUUGAAAGUCUUUCUACAGUGCUUCCAGAAGGACACAAAUUUCGAGCGUAUCACCUAUCAACACCACCAACCCGAACCGAAGCCCUCUUCGCUCCACCCCCAGACACUCGGCCAGAUAGAACGUAUUGCGAAAAUCACUUUCUCGCCAUUUCGAUCCUUGUUCCACCCAGUGCGUCAAGUGAUGAUUGCUCGAAACCUGCCGACAAGGAAGCAGCAGCAGACAGGGAAGUCCUGGUCCUGGCGCUGGAGAUCCUCAUCUACACUACUGCAUACACAAGUACUUUUUUUGUGUCCAAGGCCGAUUCGACCGGGUACUUGCAUCUCCUGAACCUGCCAAAGGGAACACCAUCCCCAAUCCGCGAGGUCAGCUCGGCUUUCAUUACAUACCUAGUGCGCCAGCGCAGGCGAAAGGGGAUACAGUCCAUUGUGAGCUUAUUCGCACGCGCACAAGGUCAAUAUCUUUUCCCAGGCAGUGUUGAGUACAAAGGGAAACAUGUCUUGACCGAUCGUGGUCUCGUCAAAUGGUGGUGCAAGGUGCUCACGCCGCUCCUGGAUGCCAAUGACACCAUGUUGGAUUCUUGGAAGGCUGUCAAGGGCUACCUCCUCGUGCCGGGUCUGGACCAAUACGAAACGCGGGCAUUCAUCCCCAAAACAGGAUCUGGAAAUGCAGUAAACCCGAAUUGGGUGCUUGGUCACCCAUUAGAAAAGAUUUCACACUACACCUACGAGUACGACUGGGUUCCACCGCGAUGCCUCAUCGCACAUUACCCUGACGAUCCAAAAUCUCGUUUCCGCGAUGAGCUGGACCUCGAAGCGGAUGACGGCAAGGGUCGCAACGGCCAGUGGAAAAGCGUGCACAGCCUCGAUCAAUUUUGGGAGCUGAUGGCGUUCCGACAAGAGUGCUCUAUGGGCGCACUCACGGGAUUCAUCUGGCUGGUCAUGGACCCUCAUGAACCAAACAAACGUCAAAGCGUCUCUACACCCUGUUCUCAACAAGAAAGCUCGGCAAUGAUCACGCCGGCAGCAUCUUUCGAUACUUCAUCAUUCCCAGCAGAGCCUUCCACGCCGCUGCGGAAAACGAACAAUCAGACCCUAGCAUUAAGAACGCCUCAGAAGAGCCCUCAAAAGCUUUUUGGGACUCCCAAGGUGCCGGGUGCCUCCUCAGCGACAAAGGAAAAAGCAAAGAAGAAGAAGAACAAGAAAAAGAAACUGACGGGGCCCAUCAUCGCACGUGAACCACGUAUCAAAACCGCUCAGCGUAACUAUCUCGCGGACCGGCCCGUCGCAACCCCUUAUUACUACUGGCCACCCGAAGGCAGAGGAAGGCGUCUUGUACGAGAGGACGGCUACAAGAGCUCGCUUGAGCUUCUGCUCCGCCUAGAUUUUGCCAAUCUGGAGCUCGCUACGGGCAGCACCAGGCGGUGGAUUAAUGAGGUUGGUCUUGGGAUGGCUUGGGGUCUUGACGUGGUGGGCACGCGGCCCCUGCCAUUGUCGUCCUCAAACUCGGCGAGUCAACCUGCUGUCACCAACAUCUCGGGUCUGAUUAAGAGGAAGAGACCGCCAGCGGAUACGGCCGACAAACCCACAGAGCAGGGGCCCAAGGUCAAUUUUCUUGGGGCUGGCCUGGUCAGAAAAAAAGAACAAGGACAAUGAACCACCAACGAGUGUUCUUGACAUUCCCACCAGUCAACCUGAGAUCAAUGUGCUCGGAGCAGGUCUCAUCCGGAAAAAGCCAAAGCCAGCAUAACCGCGACGCUUCUGGAUUGCGACUUGGCUAUGUUAACAACGAGUAUUGAGCACCUCCGGCUGACGUAAAAGCCCUGUUACGUUUCUUGUGUGCAUAUUCCCGAACAAAACCGGGGCAUCACUUUUGUGGAUGUUCUGAUGAACCCUGCCUCUACAUUGUCAUUUUUGAGCUGGCAACUACCGAGUCACAAUAGUAAUAUGCUGUAUUACGAGCGUUAACGCCAUGUAGAGAACAGAGUUGAUGAUUCAAGCUCAAGCUACCGUGGGUACCUCAGGAACCUAGUAUUGGACUGUACCUUAUUUAUGAGCAACAACGCACAUGGUUGACCCAGCGGCUAUUGAUAGACGACCUGAGCUUUCAGAGUUUCACGUGACCUCCCUUAUUCCAACCACACCAACCCCAAAGCCCAACCGAGUGCACAUAAAUAAAGUCACAGCGGGCAGGUCCGUGAACCAGACGGCUCACAAAACAAUGAGCAAAAAGGCUUUGCCGAACAGCCUGCGCUUGCCCUGCGUGUGCCCGGAAUCGAACCGGGAGCCCAUCGAGUAGUUAUCCUGAGGAUGGCAACGAUGGAUUUUACCAUUAAACCACACACGCUUGGAGGUGAAGGAGUUUUUUGUGCUCCGAUGUGGGUCUCGCUAGGGUCCGGGGCUUAAGAUGACGGAGACGGUCUUGUAGCUGCUUGACCCGCCCCGGAGGACCACCGUGGUGGAGUUUGAGCGUGGGGAUUAGAGCUAUGUGUAUGUGCCGAGCCGAUCAUGUACACUCGAUAGGUUUCAAACUAUCAUCCUUGUAUCGAAACGGGCAGGGCAAGACUUGAAGAUGGUAACUUCAGGAUCUGCUCUAGAUCCACAGUUGAUGGUUGGUAAAUCACACUUUAUUCCCCGUGACGGAAACCAGAGUGAGAAAGAGAACGCGGCUCGUUGGUCAAGGUCCUUUCUUUGUUUCUUGUCCAACCCCUAUUAUCCGGGGUAUUCCUCAUUUGACGUUGGUGGCCAUCCCGGGCUGGAAAGAGACUAUCAAACUGCUCGACGUUCAGCAUAAACAAAUAAUUGAAAGACGGUACUACACACCACCUCGUCGGCCGAGCUCAAUAUGCUCUGCGCAGGUUGCCGUUGACUUCCACGCGUCGAAGUGUACAAGGGCGGGACUGUUUGGGGACCAAUCCAUCGUGAUCACCACCUGGACCCACAUUCCAACAUUCCCCUGGAUUCCUGGAGUGGCUGUCUGUUAUUAAUCUCUUUUCAUCAAAACGCAUCAACUCUCUGACUUUUCUUUUAUGCCUUUGCAUACCGGCGGAUAUGACCUAGCUGUGGUCCAAAACCAUGUUUUAUUUAUUCCCGACACCUCACAACCUCCCACGAGCACUCGAUAAGCGACCAUUUAGCUUCAACUUCCUAUUUAGGAUCAUAGGCAGAGACUUCAAUCUCGACAUGCAUCUCCGGGAACGCCAGCGUCGUGACCCCAACCACGGUCAGAAGCGGCCUGUGGUUUGGGAAGCGUUUCUUUAGGACGGCCGCGGUCUGCCCAAAGACCUCUUCCGUCAUCUCGAUCGUCAGGUACAUGUUGACCUUGUAGACCUGCUCCAGCCCCUUGCCGCCGGCGUCUUUGAGGGCCACGUCCAGGUUGUCAAAGGCCUGGUCAAGCUCCUCCUCGUACUUUUCACUGAUCUUGCCGGUCUGGGUGUCCCAGCCGCCUGAAAGUUGAAGAG